UUUUCCGAGACACACAAGAAGAGGUAGGGGGUGGGUAAAUACAAUCGUUUCAAUGUUAUCAGUUCUUCGGUUCAACAGAAUUUCUUGGUGCGAACGAUAGCGAGUGCUGUAGGAUUGAUAGCCGGCGAUAGAGAGAUAUGUGACGCAUUUUUUUCGCUGAUUUUUCUCGACGAGGAUAAUCUGAUGUUUGUGUGGCUUCUCGUUGAAAGUUUCAGAUUAUUACUGUGCCAACAUAUCAAGAAUGCAUGAACUUCUAAUCUGGAUAAGUCUGAUCGCAUCAUCUGCCCUAAGAGGCACAGAUGGAAGUAGCGUCUUGAUUGCUGAUAACUCCAUGUCAAACAUGAUUGAAAUAACUUCGAGACCACCGUUUUGCCAUAUUCACAAAGACAGGGGUGUGAUACGUUCAAAGCUACUAGCAUCAGACCCUAGACGCGUCAGGCAAAUGACUGAUGAUUCUAUCACCAAGCUGGUGGCGAUUUGCAACGACAAAUUUGUCCAUUCAGCACACCAAGGAGGAUUCAUUUAUCCAGGGACAAAAUGGUGUGGACCUGGAAAUAAGGCAGACAAUUAUUCCGACAUUGGAUACCACAUCAAAGAAGAUAAAUGCUGCAGGGAGCAUGAUUUCUGCGACAAAUACUUGAAACCAGGAGAUUGCGAAAGAGGGAUCUGCAAUAAGUCACCGUUUACCAGAUCCCACUGCGAUUGCGACUCGAAGUUCAGAAGAUGUCUGCAGAACGUCAACACAGAGACUGCUAACACGAUUGGGGCCAUAUUUUUCAACGUCAUCCAAAUAAUUUGCUUCAGGGAGAGAACGCCCUGUGCAGCAAUACAUGGAUAUGGAUUAACAGACAAUGAAAAAGUGGAGGUUUGCAGGUCCUGGCAAUUCAGACCUUCUGAAAAAUAUAUUCCAAUGAUGCCACAAUCAAAUUAGAAGCAGAUUUCAUGUCAUAGAAACUAUAUAGGUUCAACGAAAAGCAAUAAGAUGUAGACUGUAGAAAAUGUGUUCAAAUUCUGAACAGAAUUAGUAUUUAUGAUAAAGAAUUGAAAUACAUUUCGAAACCUUAUGUGAUACUAGUGGUAGUUUGGAAUUCUAGUUAGAAUAAUUAGAUAUAUUUGUCUCUUUUCUCUCUUUGCAAGCUGAAGAUUCCAUUUCCAUAAAAAUUCAAAUAAAGUAGUUUGAAGCAUAAA